AUGUCACUCCUCCGCUCUAUCGUCGGCCGGCGCAAUGCAACCUCCGCUUCCUUCAUCAGCCUCUGUCCCGCUGCGAGAAUGCUCUCCACGCUACCGCGUUUACCGCUCUUCGAGGCCGUCUCUAAGCAUGACCCGGAGUCCAAGGCUGUCGUCCAUUCUCUCUCUGGUCGCACCUUCAAGUAUGGAGAGCUUCUUGGUGAUGUGAGUCGCGCGAGGGAUCGCCUUGCUGAAGCUGCUGGUCGUAAGGACCUCAAUGGCGAGCGCAUUGCUUUCCUAGUGGAAAAUAGCUAUGAUUACGUAGUGACGCUUCUGGCCGCAAUGGCUGCGCGCUCCAUCGCUGUGCCUCUAUCUCCUGCAUUCCCUGCGCCAGAGCUACAAUAUAUUCUUAACCAGAGCGAAGCUUCAUUGCUGGUCUCUUCGUCCAAGUUUGCAUCUAAAGCUAAAGAGGUUCUUGCGACCGAGCUAAACACCAAACCGGCGCAUCUCGAGCUUCAGAAGCGCCAAGGUGGGGGUAAUCAUGAAAAGGUCGAACUAGGUGACGCCGAUCCAGGCGAAGCUGGUAUGAUGCUAUAUACUUCAGGCACAACCAACAAGCCAAAAGGAGUCCUACUGCCUCAAGCUGUCUUGACAGCCCAGUCUCGCUCUCUUGCCGAAGCUUGGAACUACUCACCCUCCGAUCAUCUUCUCCAUGUCCUUCCCCUUCACCACAUCCACGGCACGGUGAAUGCCAUCCUCACACCUCUCCUCGCCGGCUCGACGAUCGAGUUCAUGUUCCCCUUCAACGCCGAUGCCGUGUGGAAACGCUUCUCAGCCCCCUUCCUUGCCAACGACGCAUCCACGCCCAAGAAGAAAAUCACCUUCUUCACAGUCGUUCCCACCGUCUACAGCAAACUCCUCUCAUCGCACAAGAGCCUCUCCCCUGAGAUGCAAGAAGCUACUCGCAAGGCCAUCUCACCCGAGAAUAUGCGCCUCUCCAUCUCUGGCUCCGCCGCUCUCCCAACGCCGAUCAAGACAGCUUGGAAAGAUCUCAGCCACGGCAACGUCCUCCUCGAGCGUUAUGGUAUGACCGAAGUUGGCAUGGCAUUGAGUUGCGGGCUCGACUUCUCAGAUCGCGUAGAUGCCAGCGUUGGCUGGCCACUACCAUCCGUCGAAGCCCGUUUAGUCGACGUCGACACCAACGAUGUGAUCAAGGAAGGCGAAGAAGUCGAUGCACAAGGCCGCGAGCGCUCAGGAGAAAUUCAGCUCCGUGGUCCAACCAUCUUCCGCGAAUACUGGCGCAACCCAUCCGCAACAGCAAGCGAGUUCGUCGAGGGUGAAGAUGGCAAAGGCAAAUGGUUCAAGACAGGCGACGUUGCAGUCCGUCGACCAGUUCCUUCCGCCAAUGCUGCUCAGUCCUGGACUAAUGGUCCUCUUUACUUCAUCCAAGGCCGCAAAUCCGCCGAUAUCAUCAAGACAGGCGGUGAAAAGGUGAGCGCUCUGGAAGUUGAGCGUGAACUCCUAUCUCUACCUCAAGUCGCCGAGGCAGCUGUAGUGGCCGUGCCUAGUGGACAAUGGGGUCAUAAGGUUGGUGCUGUGCUGGUUCUUGAGAACGACGUCAAGAAGUGGUCAGCGCUCGAUAUGCGCCGAGCUCUCAAGGAUCGUCUAGCGAACUACAAGAUUCCCCAGGUGAUGAAACUCGUGGAUCAAAUUCCACGAAAUGCCAUGGGCAAGAUCAACAAGAAGCAGUUGGUCAAGAGCAUCUUCCCUGAUGAGACAAGCGGCGAUGAAAGCUAA